AUGCUGAAAUUUCGAACUCAAGGGUAUAAUGGAUAUUCGCUACAAUUUAGUCCGUUUAUUGAGAAUAAAAUAGCAUGUGCUACUUCAGCAAAUUUUGGGUUAGUGGGUAACGGGAGACUAUUUAUUUUAAAUACCGGGAUUGGACCUGAAGGUGUUGAGGUUGAAAGAAUAUAUGAUACGCAAGACGGAAUAUUUGAUUGUUCAUGGAGUGAAAUUAAUGAGAAUCAAGUAGUAACAGCAAGUGGUGAUGGAAUUUCCAAUUCAAAAUUGGCAUGA